AUGUGUGAAUUGGUACUUUAUAAAUGUGACAAAUUAGAGAUUAAUAAUGCCUUUGAAUUUAAAGAUGAUAAAUUGUUACAAGAUGAUAUGUGGAAAAAUAUUGAUUCUUUAUACUGCGAAUCAUUUAUUAAUACAUUAUCUCAACAUAUUUCUGCUACUAAUAAUGAACAAGUACUUAUGCCUAGGUAUUAUAAUAAUAUUCAGGAAGUUCAGGUUGAAGAACGUGAAGCUAAAGAUCAUUCUACCAUUACUGAAGUAUUUUAUCCUUUAAAUAAUACUGUGAAGUUGCAUAAUGGGUGGGUUUAUAAUGUAAAUAAUAUUAAAGAUCUAACUGUUCGUCGUGGUAAAGUUAGGCCUCCUAAUAAAUGA